AGAGAUAAAAUAAAAUAUCAUAAAAAAGACGAUGGAUGAUGAAGAAGCAGACUUGCGGGAGCAGAUUUUCCACAACAAUGUUCGGGAGCAGAUCAUAUUCCUGCUCCUGUUUAUAUUACUAUACCUCUUCUCGUUCAUGAUAAUCGAGAAGUUUCGUCGUCGUGAUAGCGAUGACUAUUUCACGGCAGAUGAAGAUGAGGUAAAGGUAUACAGAAUAAGCCUAUGGCUGUGCACAUUCGCCUUGGCCGUGUCUCUGGGCUCGGCACUCCUGUUGCCCGUCUCGAUAGUCAGCAAUGAAGUGCUCAUACUUUACCCAAACAGUUACUAUGUCAAAUGGCUCAACAGUUCUCUGAUACAAGGUUUAUGGAAUCACGUGUUCUUGUUUUCCAACCUGUCUCUGUUUGUAUUUCUACCAUUUGCAUAUCUAUUUUCUGAAUCAACCGGAUUUCCUGGUUGCCGGGGUUUGAAGGGUCGUGUAUAUGAGACAUUUAUUGUCUUGGCGCUGCUCGGUGUUGUUAUGCUGGGCAUGGCUUAUGUAAUAUCAGCGUGGUUGGAAGGGGAUCGUUCCAGUUUAGAUGCUCUUCUAAAUUUAUGGACAUAUCUUCCGUUCCUGUACUCCUGCGUAUCUUUCGUCGGUGUUUUGAUGUUAUUGGUUUUCACGCCAUUGGGUUUUGUGAGGUUAUUCGGUGUCGUCGGCGGCGUGCUCGUGAAGCCUCAGUUUCUACGGGAUCUCAAUGAGGAAUACUACGUGUACUCGUUCGAGGAGGAGACGAUUAGGCGACGUAUCAACACUUCGUUAUCCACAGGCGUUUGCUACAUAUCACCUGAGCCGACGUACCCCGAUCGUGGUGACAUAUCAGCGCCUGCGAACCCUAACGUCUCUAUGUCGAAGGGAAGUAAGAACCCCUCACCUGAAGGCAAAGAGACUCCUCUAUUGAGACUAAGGAAUGGUGCUUUACAAGCCGGACUUAACGAGAGAUUACAAAAAGUUGUUGCUAUGAGAAAGGAAGUGGAACAUCAACGGAAAACCUCGUCCCUGCAGCGGAAUGUGGUGUAUCCACUAGCGAUGCUACUGUUACUGGCGCUAACUACUAUAACGGUUCUGAUGGUGCUGCAGAAUAUUCUGGAACUGCUGAUUGGGAUCAAGGCCUUGCCACUUAGCACCCGGCAAUUCACACUGGGAAUCGCGUCGCUGUCAAAGCUGGGUUGGGCGGGCGCGACGCUGGAGGCGUUCCUCAUCCUGUACCUGCACGCGGCCUCGCUGACGGGGCUCGCGACGCCGAUGCGCGCGCUCCGCAUGCUGCCGCGCGUGCGCCGCACGCCGCUCGCGCGCAUCAUCGCCGUCUGCGCGCUGCUGCUCGCGCACUCCACCGCGCAGCCGCUGCUCGUCAAGAUACUAGGCAUAACGAACUUCGACCUGCUAGGCGAGUUUGGGCGCAUCGAGUGGCUCGGUAACUUCAAGCUGGUGCUGCUGUACAACGCGAUAUUCGCGGCCACCGUGACGCUCUGCCUCGCCAGCAAGUUCACGGCGAGUGUUCGUCGCGAGCUCUACAACAGAUUUAAAUGGGUCGCAGAUAAUUUUACAAUACCUGAAGAUUUAUCAAUACCAAAAAUUCCUACUGUUGGAACUCGGGUGUCUGUGGACAGAACAGUUAUUGUCACGGAGAAGACUGAAUCUAAUGAUAACUCUCAUUUAAAGACAGAGUAAGGUAAGUUAUACAAAUUUGCAUAUUUUAGGUAUAAAUAAAGCAAAUUAUGAUAAAGAUGUAUAUUUGUAACAUAAGUGUGUUAAGCUUAUAAUUUUUAAUGAAGACAAAAUGUAUAACAAAAAUAUGGAAUAUAAUUUUUAAAUUUUAACAUUGACCAUGUAUAAAAAUGUCUUAUAUUUUUAUUAAUAAAAUCAUUGUUUAAGGUAAAUAUAUUAUUAAUAAUAUAAACUAUAAUGUUGUUGUGAGACUGAUACUAUGUUUACUUUUUGCUAAUACUAAUCAUCAAAUAAAUAUUAUUUCAUAAAUCAACAAAAUUUAUAAAUGGAUAUUGUAAAAUCUGUGAUUUCAAUGACAUUUUUUAAACUUUAUAAAUAAUUAUUAUUAUUAAAAAAUGAAUGUGCCUAAAAUAGAUCUGAUGUUAUGAAAGGAAUGUAAUUUGUUUUAACUAAAUAAAAUAGAUAAAAAUUA